AUAAAACCCCUCAUUCCUUAAACCUCUCAAAUAAAAACCUAUUUCUUCUUCUAACACUGAACCUUUCUUCUUCGUUUUGUAUCUUUCUCCGAUAAACCCUUGACGGCACCUGCUUUGACGGCGCCUGCUUUGACGGCGCCACCAUGGUGCUCUACACCGAGAGUGCGACGAAUUCCGUUAAGGCGGUGGCGUUCAGCUUUUUAACGAGCGACGACUUGCAGCGGAGUAGUCUAGUGAAGAUAACGAAUCCGAUUUUGCUAAAUGCUUUGCUUCACCCUGUGCCUGGUGGACUAUACGAUCCAGCUAUGGGCCCGCUGGAUGACAAGUCCCUUUGUAAGUCAUGUGGUCAAGCUUCUAAACUUUGCCCAGGUCAUUUUGGUCAUAUUGAACUUGUUUCUCCUGUCUACAAUCCUUUGAUGUUCAAUAUUCUUAGCAGUAUUAUACAGAGAACUUGUUUCUCUUGCUAUCAUUUUCAAGCUAGCAGAAAAGAGGUGGAUAUGCGUACUACCCAAUUGGAGCUCAUAAUGAAAGGGGAUAUUAUCAGGGCCAAAAGUUUAGACUCUAUUAAUUUAGAUGAAUUCACACACUCAGGUGAUGGUGAUGAGAGCCACCAUUGUAGUGCCGAGCAACAGGGAGAAAAUUGGACCUCCCUUCAAUUUAGUGAGGCAAUGUCUAUUCUAAAGAAGUUUCUGAAGCGACAAUAUAAAAAGUGUCAAAAUUGUGGAGUUGUAAAUCCUAAAAUCAGUAAACCAACCUUUGGAUGGUUUCACAUGAAUGUCCUUUCUGCUGAUGCGGCUAGAGCAAAUACCAUCAGAGUUGUGGAAAGUGAAAUAAACAAUGAUGAUAUGUCUUUAGGUGGUGGGGAGACUACAGAGGAAGAAGAUAUAUCAUCUGUUGGGGCUGUUAAAAGAGAUAAAAGAAAAAAGGGGAAUUUGUCUCACAAGCUAGCUGCACAAAAUAAACUUUCUGGGUCGUUGCUACCAUCACAGGCUAAAGGUAUUUUAGAGCUUUUGUGGGAAAACGAGGCCAGACUCUGCUCUUAUAUCAGUGAUAUUCAAGAUCAGGGGUUUGGAAAGAAAGCUGGUCACUCAAUGUUCUUUCUAGAGAAUAUUUUUGUGCCACCAAUCAAAUUCCGACCCCCAGCUAAAGCAGGUGAUGAUGUGAUGGAACAUCCUCAAACUGUUUUACUGACUAAGGUUUUACAAGGCAACAUAUCCUUAGGAGAGGCCCAUAUAAAUAAGUUAGAUCCCUCUAAGGUGCUAAGCCGGUGGAUGGAUCUGCAGCAAUCUGUUAACUUGCUAUUCGACAGUAAAACUGCUUCUGGCCAGAGAGAUGUGGCUGCUGGCAUUUGUCAAUUGCUAGAGAAGAAAGAAGGCAUCUUUCGCCAGAAAAUGAUGGGAAAGAGGGUUAAUUUUGCAUGCCGUUCUGUCAUAUCACCAGAUCCUUAUUUGGCAGUCAAUGAAAUUGGGAUACCCCCAUAUUUUGCUAUAAGAUUAUCCUAUCCUGAGAGAGUGACUCCUUGGAAUGCCAUGAAGUUAAGAAAUGCUAUCCUUAAUGGCCCUGACUCCCAUCCUGGUGCUACACACUAUUCUGAUAAACAAGCAACAGUCAAGCUUCAACGAAGUCCGAAGUUGCUUGCUAUGAUAUCAAGAAAGUUACCUUCAUCAAGAGGAGUUAUUUUGGAUCAAGGGAAGAUUUCUGAUCAGGAAUUUGAAGGGAAAGUUGUGUAUCGCCACUUGAAGGAUGGUGAUGUUGUGCUUGUCAAUAGACAGCCAACACUCCAUAAACCUAGUAUAAUGGCUCAUAUAGUUCGUGUUCUGAAGGGGGAAAAAACUGUACGGAUGCACUAUGCAAAUUGCAGUACUUAUAAUGCUGAUUUUGAUGGCGAUGAGAUUAAUGUACAUUUUCCACAAGAUGAAAUUUCUCGGGCUGAAGCUUACAAUAUUGUGAAUGCUAACAAUCAAUAUGUGAAACCUACAAGUGGGGAUCCAAUCAGAGCUUUAAUUCAGGAUCAUAUUGUGAGUGCUUCUCUUCUUACCAAAAAGGAUACUUUCAUAACUUAUGAAGAGUUCAAUCAAUUACUCUAUAGUUCUGGUGUAUCUAUGGCUGGGGUAGGCUCCUUCUCUGGCAAACACGGGCAGAAAGUUUUCAUGACAAAUUCUGAGUGUGAAAUGUUUUUGUUUCCUCCAGCAAUAUGGAAGCCUGAACCCCUAUGGACAGGAAAACAGGUUAUCAGUGCAUUGCUAUACUAUAUCACCAGAGGUUCACCACCAUUUACGGUUGAGAAGAAUGCAAAAAUCCCAUCAAAUUUUUUCAAAACUCAGGUCAGGGAGGGUGAAAGAUAUACACGUGAUAAGUCAAGAGACAAGGAUUUGCCUGAUGAGGAUAAAUUAUUGAUAUAUAAAAAUAAUUUGGUGCGAGGUGUGGUUGAUAAGGCUCAAUUUGGUGACUAUGGUAUAAUACAUACAGUGCAAGAAUUUUAUGGAUCGAAUGUUGCUGGUAACCUACUCUCAGCAUUAAGUCGGUUGUUUACUUCCUUUUUACAGAUGCAUGGGUUCACAUGUGGAGUAGAUGAUCUUAUGAUAAUAGAAGAAAAGGAUGUUGAAAGAAUGAAUCAACUAAGCAGUUGUGAGGAAAUUGGUGACAUUGUUCAUCGGGAAUUCAUUGGAGUAAUGAAUGGUGAUAAUAUAGAUACAACCACAAUGCAGUUGAAUAUUGAGAAAAAGGUACGCAGUAAUGGAGAAGCAGCCUUAACAUACUUGGAUAGGAAAAUGAUAAGCAAUCUUAACUCAAGAACAAGCUCAGGAAUAUUAAAGGAGCUACUAUCUGAAGGAAUAUUGAAACCUUCAGGAAAAAAUUGUAUUUCUCUUAUGACUACAUCUGGAGCUAAGGGUAGUAUGGUGAAUUUCCAGCAGAUAUCUUCUCAUCUAGGUCAGCAAGAGUUGGAAGGAAAACGAGUCCCACGCAUGGUUUCUGGAAAGACCUUGCCCUGCUUUGCUCCCUGGGAUUGUUCCCCUAGAGCAGGAGGGUUCAUUAUUGACCGGUUUCUUACAGGCCUUCAUCCGCAGGAGUACUACUUUCAUUGCAUGGCUGGUCGUGAGGGGUUAGUUGAUACCGCUGUCAAAACAUCUCGCAGUGGGUACCUGCAAAGAUGCUUGAUGAAAAACCUCGAGUGCCUUAAAGUUUGUUAUGAUCAUACUGUCCGAGAUGCUGAUGGUUCGAUUAUUCAGUUUCACUAUGGAGAAGAUGGUGUUGACGUCCAUCAGACUAGCUUUAUCAACAAAUUUGAAGCGUUGUCAACUAAUAAAGAAUUGGUUUAUAGCAACUGUUGCCGUCAGCUAGACAGAUCAAGUCCAUAUAUUAACAAAUUGCCCGAUGCUCUGAAAGGAAAAGCAGAGAAUUUCUUUCGUGACUCCUUAAAACAGAGAAAUCUUGGUUUGAAACGACGAGAUCUCUUAAAGUUGAUGGAGCAUAAGUAUGUCUCUUGUCUUGCUCAACCAGGUGAAUCGGUUGGUGUAUUAGCUUCUCAGUCUGUUGGCGAACCUGCAACACAGAUGACUUUGAAUACUUUCCACCUUGCUGGUCGAGGUGAAAUGAACGUGACACUUGGAAUUCCACGUUUGCAAGAAAUUGUCAUGGCUGCUUCACGUGAUAUCAAAACUCCGUUUAUGACAUGCCCCUUGAGACCGAAUAAAUCUAUGGAAGAUGCUAUUUGUCUUGCCGACAAAUUGAAGAAAAUCACUGUAGCUGACAUAAUUAAGAGUAUGAAGGUUUCUGUUGUACAAGUAACAGUUCAUGCCGGUCAGGUUUGCAGUAUAUAUAAACUUGUGAUGAAGCUAUAUAAACCUAAACAGUAUCCAAAAUACACUGAUAUUACCCUUGAAGAUUGGGAGGACACUUUGAGAGUUUUCUUUGUGAGAGAGUUAGAGGAUGCUAUUGAAAGUCACAUGGCACUGCUUUCUAAAAUUAGUGGCAUAAAAAAAUUCAAGACAGAUCCACAAUCAAAUUAUUCAAACAGCUCAGAAGAUGGUCAUGGCAAUGAAUCAGAAUCAGAGACAAAAGGUAAAAAUAAGGAUGAUGAUGAUGAUGAUGGUGUUGUUGAAGACACUGAGGGGUAUGAAGAUCUUGGAUCAGAUGCGCAAAAGAGAAAACGGCAAGGUACUGAUGAGGUUGAUUAUGAGGAUGGUCCGGAAGAGGAAAUGCAUGAUGGUGAGCAGUCAGAGGAAACUGAAAAUGACGAGGAUGGCAGUGAUGUGGACGUUAAUGAGAAUGAUAAUGACAUGACACUUGAUGCUAAUAAUUCUCAAGGACUUGAAAAAUCAUCCAAGUUCAAGCCCAUUGUUGAAAAAAAUAGUUUGAAACGGGAAAAGAAAAAAUCUAAAGCAAUAACAAAAAAAUAUGACAGGGCAGUUUUUGUGAAAGCUAAAGGGAUGCAUUUCGAGAUCCACUUUAAAUUUACCGGUGAACCUCAUAUUUUGUUAGCGCAGAUUGCUCAGAGAACAGCCAAGAAGGUUUGCAUUCAAAAUUUUGGAAGGGUUGGUGAAUGUAAAGCUAUUACAUGUAAAGAAAGUGGAGUAAUAUACUAUGGUGAAGAUGGCAGGAAUAGGGAUGAUAUUCCAGCCUCGAUGAAAGAAAAAAUACCAGCAUUGCAGACAUCAGGGAUACAUUUUAAAACAUUCUGGGAGUUGCAAGAUGAUCUUGAUGUUAGGUAUAUUUAUUCAAACAGCGUUCAUGCUAUGCUAAGUGCUUAUGGGGUGGAAGCAGCCAGGGAGACCAUCAUUAGGGAAGUACAAAAUGUUUUCAAAUCUUAUGGGAUAUCAGUAAAUAUCCGGCACUUGACACUCAUUGCUGACUUUAUGACGCACUCUGGUGGCUAUAGUCCUAUGAACAGAACGGGGAGCAUAGCAGACUGCACAUCCCCUUUCAUCAAAAUGUGCUUUGAGACAGCUUCCAAAUUUAUUGUUGAGGCAGCUUAUCAUGGGCAGGUGGACAACUUGGAGACACCAUCUUCCCGAAUUUGUCUUGGUUUGCCUGUGAAGGUGGGAACUGGGUGCCAUGAUUUGAUACAGAAGCUUGAGAUAUGAUGUAGCUGGCAUGUUCUUCAGCACCAGACCUUUGGCCCCCACAUGCCUGCAGGUCAUGCCAAAUUUUGAUACCAUAACUGUACUACUAAGACAAUUUCUGAGUCCAUUUUUGUCUGGUUCGAAAUUAAAUUGUUUGAGGUAGAAGUCGCAUAGUUUGAAAUGCCAUUCAUUGUCCCGUAUGUACACUUAGGUGCUAUAAUGACUAGUGUUCCUGUGGCCUUGAUUUUCCGGUUGUUCUAUAUAAUUUGAUUGUCUUUCUUCAA